CCUUUAACUCUGUUCCCUUCCCCUUGGCCAUAUCGCAGACCAGCAGUCAUGUCGACAAUCGAGAGACUCCUCCCGCACGCGCACCAAUAUCCAGAAGGAAUUAUAUCGGACGAGGGCCUUCCCAAACCGCCGUUCAGCAAAGGAUUACCGGUGUGCUGGGAACGGAAAGCAACCUCCCCCGUAGCUCCCGUAUACAAUCUCCCGUGGGUAGUUAAUACUGAUGGACCCACAACCCACAUGCAGCUGAACGAGUUCAUUUUCGGAGAGAGCGAGCGGUCGGCACUAUUCAUUGCGGAAUGUGGCAUUGAUCCGUCCUAUCCAUUCUACUACUACGAAAUACGCAUCAUAUUCACGAGACGUCUGCAGAGCGAUCCAAGUCGCAUAAUCUACACCAAGAAUGGCGCUAUCCUUGGUGGCUCGCGAUUCAUUGAUGAGCUUGAGCUCAAGAAGAUACUGCGUCCUGCUGUCAAUCUGGUUUGGGACAAUGUCAAAAAACCUGCUCCGAUUUAUACGCGUAUCAGUACCAAUCUUGGACAGCACAAAUUCACCUUCGACUUAUCAACCUUCACAGAGAAACCUGAAUGGCGGAAAUUCCGACACGGUGCGAUGUUGCUGCCCAUCGAGGUUGUUGCAAUAAUCGCCACCUUUGCUGCAUUGGCCACGACAGAUGAUACGGCAGGCUUGAGCAGACUUGCCAUGGUCUUUCACACAUGGGCCAAGAUCUGCCGUCCUGUAAUGUAUGAGCGUAUUCAAGUCCGUAGUGUGGUCCAGCUUCACCGCCUGCACACUAUAUUCCGCUCCCUGAGUGUCUUGCACCUUCCGCAUGAGGUGCACAUAGGCGGCGAAGUUGCGCGGCCAGUCACGGCCCCCAGUAUGGCCUUAGUCCUCUCGUCUCUGGGCCAUCACCUUCGACAGUCACAGUGCAUCAGCUGGUCUGGGACGCGCAUGCCCGGGGACGACGUUGCAGCGCAUAUACAAGAAGCACCACCACGAGUCGAGACCGGGAUCUCAGCUCUUCUUCGUCCACUCCGAAACCUCGAUUCCUUGCACUUGUGUAGAAUCAAGUUCCAGUCCUUGACGCAACUCUUUCGCGUCUUCCGGGGCCUACCUCGGGUCCGAGAGAUUCAUCUCAAGGAUAUAGAGCUUUUGAAGGCUCCGGAACGCUAUUACUGGCCGCCAUCACUUAUUCUGACAGAGCUGCAGGUUCUCAAAAUCGUAGAUUGCAGUAUCCCACCACUUGCGAUUCCAGCACUCGUCUCGCUCGGCAUCUGGGGCAUGCCGGGCUCCAGUGCCCUGCAGCAACGCCGAGAAUUGAACGGAAUCUCCCCGCACUACCACGACGAGCAUGCUGUUCUACAGAUAGCUCAAGUCCUGGGUCAUUUACAUACGCUGCUGGGUGAAAACGCCGGGCAGAUGCAAUGCAUCUUUAAUCUCGGUGGCAGGCAACUCGAAGAAGGUCAGACCACUGAGUACAUGUCGGGUAAGAUUCCCCAGCCGCCUGAACGUGCUGUUAAAAUGCUCAUCUAA